AUGGCCGACAGCAAGGUGGCGCGCGUCGGCCUUCUGGACUUCAACACGUUCGCGCAGGCGGAGGGAAUUGACCCCAAGGCGGAGGGGGUCGUCACGCAGAAGGCGCUUCCCCCGCAGGCGCGCCCGCAACCCGAUCAGCCCCUCCCCGCGCGCCCGCAGAGCAACGGCGCGCAGCGGGACGCGGAGAGGCGGCAGCAGCACCAGCCGCUGCUUGUGGAGACCCCCCCGUGCCGGUCGCCGUCAGACUCGUUAGGAGCGAACUCGUUCGAAGCGAAGGCGCCAGAAGCGAACUCGAUAGAAGUAAACUCGUUAAAAUUACAAGAUAGAGCGGUCGGAACGGAGAAUAAGGCGGGGUGUUUUGAGAUCGAGAGCGCGUUUGGGCGCGUGUACCACGGGCUGUACGGGCAGGAUGACGUGGCAGUGAAACUGAUCAGCGUGUCGCCCAACAUCCCCCCCAAGGAGCUGGCGAGCAUAGAGGCGGGCAUUCUGCAGGAGAUCAACGUGUGGCACACGCUCAAGCACCCCAACAUCGUGCAGUCAGUUCACAGGAGCCUCGUUGGAUGCCAGCAGCAUCGUGGUAAACCCAUCAUCGCCCAUCCUUCCCUUCCCUCCCCUUAUCUCUCCCCACCCCAGUUCAUAGGGGCAUCACUAGACGCCAGCAAUAUUGUGGCGCCAGCAGAGGCGAAGCCGCCGCCCGGCACGCCGCUGUGGGCGAUCGUCACGGAGUACAUGUCGGGCGGCACGCUUCGGAACUAUUUGGCGCGCCGGCGACGCCUGGCAGAGAAGGACGUUCUGCGGAUUGCCUUGGAUGUGGCUCGUGGGCUGGAAAUCGUUUUACUCAUGAUCUGUCCUGAGGCGGUGGUGGUGCUAGGAGAGCGAGCAGGGGGCGAGCGGGAGGUGAGGAGAGCGAGCAGGGCAGCACACCACGGAGAUGAGUUUGGCCACCAUGCUGCUGUGCUGCUGCAGGGACUGUACCUGCACGCGCACCACAUAGUGCACCGGGACUUGAAGUCAGACAACAUUCUGGUGAGCUACAAGGGCAGCGUCAAGAUCGCUGACUUUGGCGUCGCACGCACGGAAGCUAAGAACCCCGGCGACAUGACGUGUGAAACGGGCACCGUGCGCUGGAUGGCGCCUGAGGUGAGCCUAGAAGGGGGUUGUGCGUGGGGUAUGAGUGAGAGUGUGAUAGACCACAAGCCGUACACACGCAAGGUGGACGUGUGCAGCUACGGCAUCGUGAUAGACCACAAGCCAUACACCAGGAAAGUGGACGUGUACAGCUACGGCAUCGUGCUGUGGGAACUGGUGACGUGCGAGCUGCCGUUCAAGGGACUCACCUUCAUCCAACUCGCUUACAACGUUGUUCACAAGGUGCGCUCGAUGUAG